AUGCAACGUCUUGCUGAUGAUAUUCUUAUGCCUCCUGGGUAUGCCGUUUUAUCAACAAAGAUUGAAUCUGGUUUCCUGUAUAUGAAGGCAGACGAGUGGCAAUUGUGGUGUCUGAUUUAUUUGUUGGUGGUACUAAAAGACGCUUUGCCUGAAGACGACUACAAAAACUGGACUCUCUUUCUCCUUGGAGAAUUUGGAAAAGAGUGUGAGACUCUUUAUGGAGAGAGCAGCAUCACGCCAAAUAUGCCCUUGCAUAUGCACUUGCAUGAGUCAAUGCUUAAUUUUGGUCCGGUAUACGCAUUCUGGCUGUAUAGCUUCGAGAGAUACAACGGCAAGUUGAAGAACAUCAAGACGAACCGUUGCAAUGGUCUUGAGGUCACCUUCAUGAGAGUCUUCCUGGAGAAAACAUUCAUUGGUAGCUUUCUUCGAGCGUAUUCUACCAAUCUUUUAUCACCACUGAUAGAGUUCCUUGAGGGGGUUGCCCAAGUAAAAUCAAAUUCCAACAGCUCUUCUCCCUUGAAUUUGGAUGCUGGCCACCCUCCUGUGUUGCCAUUUAGCUUAGCAAUGUUCCAGCAAGCUGCUACAAAUCCAUGGUACAAUGUCACUGGAAGUGAGGCCUUGCCCCCGACCACAUUGCCAAUCAAGUUGCAGCCUUUGACUAUGAUGAAGGAUGAUCACUAUCAGUGGUUAUUUGGAUUCUAUGUCAAGGCUUACCGGAGUACAAGUGUUUCCUUCUGUGUGGUAGGGAGAAUCCCAAUUGGUGAGGAUGUAUUUGUGAACAAUCGGAUUCAAAAGGUGAAGAAGAUUUUGUUGCUGGGGCAAGAGUACUGCAGUGGUAAAAAGAAGAAGCGUGGGUCUUUUGUGAGGGUAUUGUUUCUUGAGAGAACAAAUGACGAUGUAUCUGAAUUCCCUGGUCAAAUAGAUCAUCAGCCAUUAGCUGAUCAAGGUCUACAGUUGUGGGACAAGGGAUUUAUGGAAGAAGAUGCUUCGUGCAUUGUUCCAGUGCAUCGUCUGCAUUCGUGCUUUGCGUUGACUACGCAUAAAAUGCAGAGUGGGACGCAAAAGCACCUGGUUAUUCCACUGCCUAGAAAAGUAGUCACAUAA